CACGCAUUAACCACGGCAGGCCGCCAUCUGGAAUCGCGUUUCACAGACCUCAUCAUGCUUGCCGGAAUGUGACACGGAGUUUGCGACACGGGCAGCGCGAUACAGGGCAACGCAACUCCGCAAUCAUGAGCAAUCAUCCGCCUUUGCGACCUCCACCACGGCCGCGGUCACCGUCUGGCCAGCGGUCGCAGUCUUCCUUAUCACAAGGCUCGUUGCGGAGUGAGUCCAGUCUGUCCACCACAACGAUCGACUCGAUUGAAGCAAAUGCACCUAAGCGCACCGCAUAUCCGCCACAGCCGCCUGCCGCAAGGCCGUCCACUGCAGGCGGACUGGCACCCACGCAAGGAGGAAGCGCUUUUCAGACCAUGCCUCGACAUGCGACGCGUGGUUCUCUGGAUGGUUUCAGGACCGCUUCCCCAAUGCCCGGACAGCAGAUAGGACACCGCGCGCGGCAGCACUCACAAGGAUUCUUUGAGCCUUCUCUUCCCAGCAGUAACGCCUUGACGACUUCGCAAAUUGCCGCGCAGACAGCAUAUUCGCAUCGUGUAUCGCCACCGCCAUCUCAAUUCGAGCGCAAGCGAUCGUAUCCGGGCCUGGCACCUAUCAACACUGCUGGACCCUCUGCCAGCCGGCGACCUAGUCACGAGCAGAGUCCGCUCAAUCCGUCGGCAGCAAAUUCUACUUUACCCUACAGUAACGGCUCAGUUGGUGGCAGCAGAUUGGCGGCCACUACGGCAGCGAAUGUGGCAUUUCCCAAUGGCAGAAGUCCAUUGCCUUCGCCUGGCCUUCCACCAUCUGCUAGUACCGCCUAUCCUGGUGCCGCUUCAGACAAGGAAGCAAAAUCAAAAACUUCCAGAAUGAAGCUGUUUGCGAAGCCUAAGAAUAUAGUACUGUCGAAGGAUAAGGACAGUAAAGCAACUUCCGCUAUGCCUUCACCUGGCAAACCGCCAUCGACUGCCACCUUUUUCCGUGGCGGCUUUCCCAACGCAUCGACGACAAGUCUCGUGGAUCCUGCGUCGAGUGUUAGCUCUCUCUAUUCUUCUGCCAAUGCUUCAACAUCGACUUUGGUGCCAGCUAUAUCGGAAAAGGAUAAGGAAAAGAGACAUCAUUUCUUGUCACGGCAAAAGCACAAACUUCGCGAUGAGCCUGGGCAACUCCCUCUCUCGUCUGCCCAUUCGAAUUCGCUAGCGACCAACCCUGAUAAGCCACAGCCUCUCUAUUCAUUCACACCAGACUCUCCUGCCACCGGACCAUUCGCAAAAUCCAUGUCAGGUUUCGAUCUACGGCACGGUGGACGUGCGUUGCGGGACAAGAAGAAAGAAGAGAAGGCCGCCGCAGCAGCUGCUGCCAAGUUGGAGCUGACCCCCAUCGCAUCGAACUCGUCUACUGCUGGACCAGGCGAGCAAUACCUGGGAACCAGUAGCUAUGAGGCCAGCUUUGCGGGGCCGCCUUCAGGUAGUGCUAGCGUCUUCUCCUUCCCUUCGGAAAGUGUUCCGCCUGUCACGGCUCAAGCAUUCAGUCAUAUCGGUGCGCAAAUGGGACUACCUGGGAUCGGUCCGGACGACGCAUGGCCUUUACUGAAGGCGCGCUUGCUUAACAUAUUUUCUGGCGAAAACCUCCGAACGCCUAUUGAGGAUUUCAACGCCUUAGUCAGUGUUCAUGUUCGCCGGUGCAUCCAGCGACGCUCUCCAAUUGUGCUCGUGGAAGAUGUGCGAGAACUGCUGCAGACUGGAUUUAUUUCUCUUGCUCAGACGCUGCGAGGGGUUCCAGAUGAUAGACUUGUCACCAAUCUUGUGGAAAUGUGGAUUGGUGUUUACGGCGCAAUUCUACCUUUCCUCCAAGCAGUCUUUCUUCCUCUUGAACUGGAGUUCAAAGGUAGAGGCAGUUUGAUGUCAGCGCGAGAAGCUCAAGAAUUUUGGGGCGCCAUACCGGAAUCACUCAAAUCUGACGAUCGACCAACUUCCGCAGGUGGAACAACGACAAGCCUCCACGAGGAGCUAGAAGUACGACGCAUAACACUCAUCGCCUUCCGCGACGAGGUCAUAUUGCCAAGACAUGAGAGCCUCAUGAACAUCUUCAGCAGACUGUCACUUGACAACAUCAACGCAAGAGUUUCUCCUGAGCCUGCGUCGAAAGGACGAGAUCACGCUCGGAGUGACCCUGCUGCUCCAAGUGCGGAGAGACCAGGCACGGCAGGGAGCCUCAGUCCAAGGCUCAGUAGCUUCAACUCGCAAGCAUCGACGUUGCUAGACGCCGCCAGUACUUCCUCCGGUGGGGCCAUGAGCCUGGCAGGCCGCAGUAGAGCGACCUCUAAUACGUCGGCGGGCAGCUUUGGCACCAAUAUGCCACACAUUCAUUCCCCUUCGCUUGGAGGCCCCGGUUCUUUCAGUGUGACCAGUCAGCCGCAGCCCCUGCCAUCGCCGGUACCGCUUGCAGAUCCUGCUAGAGUGACAGAGAUUGUGGCUCGAAUGCUGCAGUGCCUGUACAUGCUGGCCUCGUGCCAGACAGGAGACGUGGCACAGGGCAACGUUGAACGUCUCACAAAUGCUCUCAAGUACAAUUGGCUCGGGAGAGGUCGAACAGGCAGAGAUAGGAGAGGCUGGGUUGGGAUCAAAGCCGGACGCGUUGGUGUCGGCCUGGUUGGCGCAUAA